CAAGUCUCCUCAGAAACACCUCACACACUCAGUUUGGAAACACAGACUCAAAAGUCUUUAGGAUGCUCAGACUUGGAUAAAAGUAUAAAGCUCAGUGUUGAUCUGAAGAUUUCUCAUGAAGUUAUUGAUUUGAACACUUGGUGGCGGUGUAGGCUAAGAGAAUGAGUAAGAACCCUCUAGCGUCCUCAGACUCCGCUUCACCUAGAAGCUGAAGCAAAAAUACAGGAACCAUUUGCUGCUGCCGCUAAGCAUUCCGGAGAAGAGGAGUCACCGGGAAUUUGUAAAAUCAAAUCCACAAUUCCACAGCAAAGACUUUCGGGAAAGCUAAAGUUACCUCGGUGGUUAAGAGGUGGAAGGGAUUUUUCCUCUGGAAUCAGCCGAUAGAGAUGUCACACACGAAAGUGUGGUGCGAGACAAGGCAAGUGAUGAUUUUUUUGAUUACAUCCAUGCUUUUGUGGGGGGUGGGUUCAGAAUCAAUUCAAUAUACCAUACUGGAGGAGAUGGAAAGUGGCAGGUUUGUGGCCAACCUGACUAAGGACUUGGGACUAAGGGUGGGAGAACUGGCUGCUCGGGAGGCUAGAGUGGUUUUCAAGGGGAACAGACAGUGUUUGCAGCUUGACCCACAGACCCAGGAUUUGGUGCUAAAUGAAAACCUGGACCGGGAGGAGCUGUGUGGCUCCACAGAGCCUUGUGUGCUGUCUUUCCGGGUGUUACUAAAAAAUCCUUUGCAGUUUUAUCAAGCCGAACUGAGAGUUAUAGAUAUAAAUGACCACGCCCCAGAGUUCCCUGCCAGAGAAAUGCUCCUGAAAAUAUCAGAAAUGACACCACCUGGAAAGAUAUUCCCUUUGAAAAUGGCACAGGACUUAGACGCUGGCAGCCACAGCAUUCAAAGCUACACUGUCAGUGAGAAUCCUCACUUCCACGUGCUCACUCGCAAUCGCAGCGAUGGCAAGAAGUUCCCUGAGCUAGUGUUGGACAAGGCAUUGGACCGUGAGAAACAAGACCAGCUCAGACUAAAGCUCACUGCGGUGGAUGGUGGGUCUCCGCCUAGGUCAGGGACCACAGAGAUUCAAAUAUUAGUCUUAGAUAUAAAUGACAACUCGCCGGAAUUUGCUCAGGAGCUCUAUGAGGUGCAAGUCCCUGAGAACAGCCCCGUUGGCUCACUGCUUAUGACCGUCUCAGCAAGAGAUUUAGAUACAGGAUCCUUCGGGGAAGUGUCUUAUGGACUGUCUCAAGAUGAUGACGUUAAGGAGCCUUUUGAAAUAAACACAAAGACAGGAGAAAUUCGACUGAAAAGCACGUUGGAUUUUGAAGCAUUUCAGUUUUACCAUGUGGAUGUUGAGGCCCAAGAUGGUGGUGGACUAACUGGAAAAUGCUCUUUAGUGGUCCAAGUAUUGGACAUGAAUGAUAAUGCUCCAGAAGUGAUCCUAUCCUCACUCAACAGCCCCAUCCCUGAAAAUUUGCCAGGUAUCAUAGUGGCAGUAUUCAGCGUUUCAGAUGCAGACUCUGGAAGUAACCAACAGGUUAUGUGUUCCAUAGAUGACAAUCUUCCAUUUCUUCUAAGACCGUCUAUGGAGAAUUUCUAUACUCUGGAAACAGAUGGGGCACUAGACAGAGAGAGCAGAACUGAAUACAAUAUCACCAUCACUGUCUCCGACAUGGGCACACCCAGGCUCACAACCCAGCACACCAUAACGGUACAGGUGUCUGACAUCAAUGACAAUGCCCCUGCCUUCACGCAAACCUCCUACACCCUGUUCGUCCAUGAGAACAACAGCCCCGCCCUGCACAUAGGCACCAUCAGUGCCACAGACUCAGACUCAGGCUCCAAUGCCCACAUCACCUACUGGCUGCGCCCACCUCAUGACCCGCGGCUGGCCCUCGACUCGCUCAUCUCCAUCAACGCAGACAACGGGCAGCUGUUUGUGCUCAGGGCACUGGACUAUGAGGCCCUGAAGGCCUUCGAGUUCCGCGUGGACGCCACAGAUGGAGGCUCACCCGCGCUCAGCAGCCAGGCUCUGGUGCGGGUGGUGGUGAUGGAUGACAACGACAAUGCGCCCUUCGUGCUCUACCCGAUGCAGAACGCCUCUGCACCUUGCACUGAGCUGCUGCCCAGAGCAGCGGAGCCUGGCUACCUGGUCACCAAGGUGGUGGCUGUGGAUCGCGACUCUGGCCAGAAUGCCUGGCUGUCCUUCCAGCUGCUCAAGGCCACGGAGCCCGGGCUGUUCAGCGUGUGGGCGCACAAUGGCGAGGUGCGCACCACCAGGCUGCUGAGCGAGCGCGAUGUGCCCAAGCACAGGCUGGUGCUGCUGGUCAAGGACAAUGGCGACCCUCCGCGCUCUGCCAGCGUCACUCUGCACGUGCUCCUGGUGGAUGGCUUCUCUCAGCCCUACCUGCCUCUGCCAGAGGCGGCGCAGGACUCCGUAGAAGAUGUUGAAGGUGCGCUCACGCUAUACCUGGUUAUCGCCUUAGCAUCUGUGUCUUCGCUCUUCCUCUUGUCUGUCGUGCUGUUCGUGGGCGUGAGACUGUGCAGAAGGGCCAGGGCAGCUUCUCUGAGUGGCUACGCUGUGCCUGAGGGACACUUUCCUGGCCAUCUGGUUGAUGUCAGCAGCACUGGGACUCUUUCCCAGAGCUACCAGUAUGAGGUGUGUCUGAGGGGAGACACUGGGACUGGUGAGUUCAAAUUGCGAAAGGCAAUUAACCCCCACUUUCCUUCUGUGCAAUCUGAGAGGAACACAGAGGAAAGUCCUACUCUUCGGAAUAGCUUCCUAUUCAUCUAAAUACUUUAGUGUACUGGUAAAUUCUGUUUACGCUUAGAAAUAUCUUUUCACCUAUAUCUGCAUGCUAGCGAUGUUCACUGUCAGAAGCUUACGCUCUCACUUUUUAUAACAGUGCCUGGAAAUGGAAUCCAGUGUCAUAUGCAUGCUAGGCAAAUUAAACCGCUGAGCUAAAUCACUUCUCCUUUCUUUUUCUUUUGUUUUUUUUUGUUUGUUUGUUUGUUUUGUUUUGUUUUGUUUUUCAGAGACAGGGAUUUUCUUUUUUCUUUCUCUUGUUUAUUUAUCUAGAUUCUGAAUGUUGCCCCCCUUCCUGGUACACCCUCCAAGAGUUCUUCACCGCACCGCCCCUUUCUCUUGCCUCUGAGAGGGUGCUCCCCCACCCACCCACCCCCUCAUUUACCCACCCACCUCCCCCUCACAUUCCUCUCACAUCCCUCUUUCCUGGGGGCAUCAAGGAAGAUAGUUUUUUUUUUUUUCAGUGUAACCCUGGCUGUCCUGGAACUCACUCUAUAGACCAGGCUGGCUUCGAACUCAGAGAGAUCCACUGCCUCUGUCUUCUGAGUGGCGGAAGUGAAAGCAUGCUCCACCACAGGCUCACUGUGUAGCCUGGGAUAGUCUGAACCUCGCUUAAACUGACCUGGCCGGCUUGGAACUCAGAGAGACCCACCUGCAUCUGUCGCCUUAGUACUGUGACUAAAGGCUUUUGCCAUCAUGCUUGGCCUGGCCUCUCUCAUUGCUAUAAUUCUUGAAAUUACACUUUUUAGAAAGACAGUUUCUGGAGAUUCCACUAGUUCCUCUAUUAUGCUUCAUAGUUUGUUUUGUACUUAAUGGUACU